AUGCCCGGCUACAAGGAAGCUAGCUACACAACAACAACAACCAUUCAAAAAACAUUUACAAACACCCUUGCCGAACGGCAAGGGUUAUGUGGCAACAACAUGGAGGAUUCCAUGAACAACAUCUCACCUCAAAAACUGCUCAAGGCACCCGCUAGCCGAAUCUGCCCAACAGCCCAGCUCUUGCUAAAACUCACGGUAAUCAGCUCAAGUGGCCAGCCCCUCAAGUCUCUGCAAAACCCACCUGCUGAAUGUGAUCUAGACACCCACAACAGCAAAGUUCAGCGAAUCAAGCUCUCAAGGGCCCGGACCCAAGUAGGGGCCGAAACUAGCACCCUUGCCGAAGCUGGAACCAGCCCAGCUCAAUUGCAGAACGGCAACCUCCGUGGAAGAACUUUGGGAGAAGCCUCAAUCACUCGUGGUGCCGACGGACCAUAG